UAGAACGUGUUAAAAUAAUGUAUUCAGAGAUUUAAAAAAAAUAAAGCAACUAUCAUUACAGGCCAUAUUCCAGAUGUAAUCCAAUGUUCACAUAAUUCGGCGACGAUAAACGUACUUGAUAGUAUGACCUACUUCAAUAAGGCGGCUAUGAAAUCAAGAGAGAAGCGUGUUUAGCUUCAAAAAAUAAAAAAUAAAAAACCUUCCAUUGGCUGUGACGUCAUCGCAGACACACUGUUGCCAUGGACACCGAUUGCCAACAACGUUCAACGCUUCAUCCACAAUUUCUAACAGUAACCGGACAAAAAGCAGAUGGAGACUCUGUCAAUUUCAGAAAGUGAGGAGAAAGAGGUCAGAGAGGAGGGAGAAGACGAUGGCAACGCAAAGCCGGCUGAGCUGGAGGAGAUUCUAUGUAACAUCCAUGUUGCUGAGAUUCCUGAAGUCCCCCACCACAGCUGGACCAAAGACGUGGACUUGUCUCAAUGUCCCACCUCCUACAAGGUGAACUCCACCCAGGAAAUCAGGCUAUUAGCCAUCACAGAUAACUUUUGCUCUCAGUACGCACACAUUUACCCUGACCACAAACCCCUGCUGCUCUGCCCUCUCAAUGAAUGUGGCAUUAAUAAAUUUGUGUCCACAACGCUGAGACCCACAAUGCUCCCCCACUCGGAGCUGUAUAGCUGGGAGGGCUGUGCCUCCUUUGUAGCCGACUACCUGGUCCUGGAACCCCUGGAGCCACCAGUUGACCUGCCCAGGUACCUGUUCUCGCCCACAUUUACACUACAAAUCCGGAGGGGCACGUGUUUCGACUUUGCUACUCUGCUCUGUAGCCUUCUGCUUGGGGCCGGUUUCAACUCCUACUGUGUCAAUGGCUAUGCAGUCGAAGAGAUGUGUCUGCUAAAUCAGAGACUGGAUGAGUGCCCCCUGCUGGCCACUGAAGUCAAGGAUAUAAAAGAAGAGCAGAGGCCAAAUGUGAAGAAAUAUGCUGUGAAGCCUUCUACGGCACUAUACAGCAGAUUUGAUAGGAGUCAGGAGGAAGCUAAGCAGAAGAAGGCCCAGGCUGCAUCACUGAAAAAACAACUGGAGGCUCAGCAACUGCAGGAGAAGAGUGAACGACCACCACCAGAUCCUUUGCGGGGCUUACGGGUACACUGUUGGUUGCUGGUCAUGUCAGGGAGCCGGGGAGUCCCACAGCACUUCUUCAUUGACCCUCUAACUGGGAAGAGCUACUCCACCACUGAUGAGAAUUUCCUGGGCAUUGAGAGCAUCUGGAACCAGCACAACUACUGGGUCAACAUACAGGACUGCAGUUACAGCUGUGCUAAUAUGGUAUAUGACCUGGAAGAUGCUGGGAUGUGGGAGUCUGUAUUGUAUGAUACAGCCAAUCAGAUGCUGUUGCUCAGCUCGACGAUGAAGGGAGAGCCAGGGUUGGCCCUUACUGAUGAGGAGGAGGAGGAGGCAGAGGAGCCCCAGGUGUUUGAGAUGCCCCAGUCCUGGGUCAGCAUGAUCACCUUGUCCAAACAGGAAAUGGAAAGUCGUUGGCCAGGGGGAGUAAAGGUGACCCAGUACUGUCAAGCCAAACUAGAGAGAUUUGCCCCCUACUUGCUACCAGAUGGCCUCGUCACACAGCUCACCACAUACCAAGACCUGGAAUGCACUGAGGUAACCAUGGUAAAGGAGUGGUACCAACACAGGCAUGACCAUCUGCAGGAGAGGCAGCUCAAUAAGAGCACCAAUGUCACCACAGAAUACUUCAGACCCGGACACAGCUUCCACCUUCAAUCCCAUAGGUACCGAACUAUGAUCCCUGAGACAAUGCGUGAGAUGGAGUUUUACAGCAAUGCACGUGCUGAUGGGCUGGUGCAGAGGCUAGAGCUACCAGGAGAGAUGACAGAGACCUUCCAGGACCGAGAUGAUUUCCUCUACUGUCGUCAUGUUGUCUUUGGUCACAGUGUCCAAGUUUUUGGGCAAAGGGAGAACCAUGAGGCAGGCAACCGACUGCUUCAGAAAGUGGUGGAACAUUUCCACAGAAACAGGUCCAAGCCAGCCAGCAAGGAUGUGGCAGAGCGAGCAUUCAUACUGACCGAAAACCGUAUUGAGGUGAUAUAUCAUUUAGAAGAUGAUUGCAUCAUCCCUGCAUCGAGGAACUUUCUCAAACUGCAAGAAUCUCCAGGUACCCUACGUACAGAAAACUUCUCACCUAGAAUGGUGUCCAGCUUCCAGGCGGAUCCAAUGGCAAAGCCUUGUAAGAACCUGGAUCUAUAUAAGAUGCUGGUGGCCCUCAUGAAGGAGGAAGAGAAGGUUGUUCUCAGAAUCAAAGACUCCGACAGAGAGGUGAGAGGUAUUCUAGCCUCCAGAGAGCAGGAGGAGAGUUCAUUUGAGCCUUAUGUCUCCAUAUAUGACACAGCCCGCCAUGAGAGGGCCCGCCUCCAUGAGGAGAACACCCAGCAUGUACCUGCAGAGGAGAGACGGUGUGAGGAGGAGAAGCAGGACAGCCUGGCUCCCUUCCUGGUCCAGCUGGGGAACCCAGAGACUCUGACGCCAGCACACGCUGCUCAGCUCUACCGAGACUGUCUGGCCUGCUUCAAACACAGACUCGUAAAGAGGGCCAACCUCAUACAAACCCAAUAUGAAAAAGAGAUACAGAAGCUGCAGCAGAAACAACAGUGGUACCAACAGAACCAGCUGACUAUGACCAAUGAUGAGGAAGAUGAGUAUCUUGCUUAUUGUUCUGAGACUAUGUUCAGAAUACGUGUCCUCAACCUUCACCUCACCAGACACAAGAACAGUGCUCCGCGAAAAUACCUGUCUUUGGACGAACAGCUGAAGCGAGACCCCCGUUUAGCCCCUCACCUGGUCUCAUGAGCCAGUCGCAGCUUCUCCACAAACACCACUCCCAUCUUGUCACUCGAGCACGACCAUAAUGCAGGAUGCUUCUUCCAGAAAAUAACAACUUCACUAGGACAGUGUAGUGAAGGAGAGGGUGUUGAAUGAGGCAGACUGGAUGUAGCGUUAGAUUUGUCUUACCUGUUAUGGGCAGUACAUUUAUUCUGAAGUCCAACAGAUUUGACAAAUAGAUCAUAUCCAUGCACAAUUUGUGAUGAAUUUAAAUGAUUAUAUCCAAAAAUGUCUUUUGAGAAUAGAAAUUUUAAAAUGUUCUUUUAUUACUUAAUUGAUAGUUUUUGUCUAUUGCAGUUUGUCAAAGGUCCACACCAUUCAUACAAAGCAUGUGGAAUUUAAACAGAAAGGUCUGUUAACACUUCACGUCUUUAUUUGUCUACAUCAUAACACAUUAAUGUGUUUAAAAUGUUCUGAGGUCUUUGAAAAGUCUCCACAUCCAGUUCAUGCUUUUUGUACUUUAUCUACUCCACUGAUGAAGAACAAUCAAUAUACUUCAGUAAAAGUGCUAAAAUUACAAAGGAUGCACCUACUAGAAUUUAUUCAAUACAUUCUGCUGUUUGAGUGUUUGCAUUCUUUUUUUUAGAAUUUUCUCUUUCUCACCAAGUACUUGGUCAAUAACCCCACUCUUCCGAGCCGUCCCGGUCGCUGCUCCACCACCUCUGCCGAUCUGGGGAGGGCAGCAGACUACCACAUGCCUCCUCCGAUACAUGUGGAGUCGCCAGCCGCUUCUUUUCACUUGACAGUGAGGAGUUUUACCAGGGGGACGUAGCGCAUGGGAGGAUCACGCUAUUCCCCACAGUUCCCCCUCACCCCGAACAACCAGAGGAGGCGCUAGUGCAGCGACCAGGACAUAUACCCACAUCUGGCUUCUCACCCGCAGACAAAGCCAACUGUGUCUGUAGGGAUGCCCAGCCAAGCCGGAGGCAACACGGGCAUUCGAACCAGUAAUCCCUGUGUCUGUAGGCAACAGAAUAGACCACCACGCCACCUGGACGCCCAGAGGCGGACACUUUUUGAUGGAUUUCGUUGGCGCCCUUCAUACCAAAUUUUUACGAGUGCUAAUUUGGAGGAGCACGGUCACCCGAGGUCCUGCCCACCACCAUAAUGACUGGGUUCUUUGAAACAGAAAAAACCCGGGUCGUUAUGCCACUGUAUUGCUUUUAAGUAUGUCCUGCUUUUGUAUGUUUAGAAGUAUGCCCUGUGUACUCGCCUCACAGAAUGCCUUAUUCCAUUAUCCAGCAAAAUAAACAC